AUGGAUAGGUAUAAUCUCCCCGGCAAUUCCGCGAGACGGCAGUGCAAAGGGGGUGCACCGAGGUGCCAGCACACGCUUGCCGUGCUCCUCGCGACCGGCUCCGAGUUCUGCCCGCAAUGUCUGUCGGAAACGCUCUCAGGGCCCGGUCUCGCGACGCACAAGAUCAUAUCGGCGCGCUUCUUCCUCGACACGCUUCGAUCCGAGCCCGACCUAUGCCGUCUGGUCGCGGCCGAGUCGCAUUACCUGCUCGCGGCUCCGCUCGUGCAGGCCCUCGCGUGCUCGCGAGACGAGGAACUUGCGGCGACGUUAGCGGACUUGGUGGUCUUUCUUGUGAGCAAGGGGAGCGGUCGAGGCGCAAGGAACGACGCGAGCGGGAGCGACGAGGGGUUGCUGCUGGAGAAUCUGGUUCGCGCGGUGGCGGUGGAGAUGGAUAAGAUCCCCGUCGCCUCCUCCUCCAGCGGCCACUGCUUCUUGCUGGUCCUUCUGGGGAAGCUCCUGACGGUCGCGUGCAACCGCUACAGCGCGUUGCCAGCGUGGUUGGCGCAGCAGAACGGCCUGUGGAGUCACGUGGUCAGCACGCUUCACAAGCAGGCACAGGACAGCAUCCGUGCAGAGAGCCUGUUCGUCCUGCACAAGCUCUGCAGCCUGCCAGGCGGCAUGCAGCUACUGGAAGAGAAGCUGCCUGGCAUGGUGUGUGCGGGCAUCGCCCUGCUGCUCUCCACGGACAGCAACGACGUCUCUGCCAACUGCGUCGCCCUCCUCACCGCCCUCUCCGCUCCCUCCCACCCUGCCUUCACGCUCUCAUCACUCGCUCGUUUAGACCACCCAGAAGCGCAGCAGCCAGGAGGUGCUACCAUGCACGGGCUUGGUUCGCAGGGCUGCGUGGCUGUGGGUUCUCAGAACCCCCGUGCGAGCCAGGCGAUGCACACACAGGGCAAGGCCCCCCUGGGCCUGCGCAUGAUGCUGUGCGAGGGGCUCAAAAAGACUCUGCUCGCUGCUGACUCCGCCCUGCAGCUCGCAGCCCUGCACCUCAUCUCCCAACUCGCUCUCUCCUGUGCGCCCUCACAUGAUGGCUCUGGCUCCGACGAACGGUCCAGAUUUGACUGGGUGGCGAGGGAGGCGUGGGAGGUGGACUGGUGUAAGCAGGACGAUAUGAGGGGGGGUGAUGGUGGGGGGAUGGUGGAUGAGCGGGGAGCAGCGGCGCUACAGGCGAUGCUGGAUGAGGGGCUGGCAGAGCACGUCUUUGAGCUGCUCCGGUCUGCAGAUAGUGGUCUAGUACCAGACCCGUUGCUGCCGGCCGCCCUCUCAUGCCUGCUGCACCUCGCAGCGUCGCCUGGAGCUGCAGGGCAGGCGUUUGCGCGGCGCUUUGUGUUUGGCUUCGACACGCUCACAUCGCUGCUGCACAACGCCAUAGAGGCCAACGACUUCCACCUGCAGGCGCUCUCCAUCUCCGUCUUCCUGCACGCCCUGCGCUCCGCUCGCGCCACCCCUAGGGAUGCCAGUCAGUUCCCUCCAGCAAGGCUGCACGGGCUGGUGUCUGCUCUGGCAGGAGUGGUGAGGCGAUUCUGUGUGGACGUAAGGGAGAGGAAGCGCUGGGUGCUGGACCAGAAUGAAGCCUUCUCCACCGCCUGCUUUGGCCUUGCUGUGCUCGCCACGUGGCAGAGCAUUGUAGGCACAGAGAACAUGCAGCUGCUGCGGUUGUUGGAGCAGUGUGUGGGUGAUGGGGCGUCUAUUCUGCCAGCCCUUCAGGACGUGCCCAGCACGGGUGGAUCACUCACAGGCACGGGCGCCAAGCUCCAUGGGGCGUCCUCAGCAGCCCUCCCUGCAGCUGCAUGUGGUGCUGCAGGUGGGACGGAUGAGGUGGCUGUGGCUGUUCUCACCUUCCUGCACGCCUGUGCUCAGCGCUUCCUGCACGCCCAGGCCACCACAGCCGCUGCUGCUGCUCUGGCGUCGUCCCAGCAGGAUGCGGGGCUGUUGGCGAUGGUGGGGGGAUCGCAGGGCGUUCCCAUGUUCCACAGCAGCCAACAGGAGGGCGUGGGAAGGGGCUCAGCAAACCUUGGUAGGACUGGCGGGACGUACACGCGAGGGAAGGCUGAUAAGACUCAAGAUUGGGGUGCAAAGGCGCCCUCUGUGUCUCCGUCUCACACCCCCACAGCCCUGCAGUGCUGCAUUGACGACAUAGCCGCUGCUCUUAUGGCUGCUGCGGACAUGCACGUUGCUCCCUUCAUGUUCUCCCUGCACCCGCAGCUGCAGCCCCCACCUGGUCACAUGCACGCGCCCCAAUCAGCAGCAUCACCACCGCCCUUCUCCGACCCAGCGGCCAUUCUCUCCUGUGCAUACGACGUGCUCAGCCACAUGCUGGCGUGUCCCCUGCCCUCCCUUGCACCCAUCGCACGCCAGUUCGCAGCCAAGCUCGCCUCCAGCUGGACCCUCUCCCUCAUCUUCUCCUCCCUGCAAGCCUUCCACCCACCCACUGCCUCCUCACGUGCAGCCCCAUCCUGGCGGCCCCAGUCAGUCGCUCCUCCCCAGGCGUCAGAGGGCAGCAAGUGGGAUGUAUUGCGCAGGGCAAGUCUGCGCUUUGCAGUGCUGCUGUCUACCGUGGCAGCAACAGGCGAGGAGGGGCAAGCGGUGGUGCAGUGGGUGGUGGGCGUGGCAGGGGUGGAGCGCAUGCCGUGGGCUGUCAGUGACAUGGUGCUGCUGCUCGCACAGGGCAGGGGGGAACCGGAUGCUGGCAGGCUGGCAAGAGAUAUGCAGUGGCGCUACCAGGGGGGCGAGAGCAGGGAGGGGAGUGCUGGAGAAGAGGAGGAGGUGCAGGCGGUGCAGUGGGUGGUGCUUCUGAUUCUGUACGCUGCUGUGCAAUUCGAUGACAGGCUGGUGGACUAUGAGGACAUGUUUGGCGCGCUGCAGAGCUUGGUGCUCUCCAACCGCAUCCCACCACUCGGAUCGCCACUCCUCCCCCUCCCCUCCCUCACACCUUCUCCCCACAACCACCAAUCGGACGCCCACUCUCCCCCACCCCCCACCGCCACCCGCUCCACAUUCUUCCUGCUGGUGUUCCUGUCGCUGCACGCGCUGCUGCGCCCCUGCUGCUCCACUGUGUCGUUUGACGCGCAGCACCGCCUCCUCUGCUUCCUGCACCGCCACGCAACAGCCCUCUCAUUCCCCCUCACGGCCUGGCACCUGGCUCUACCGCACUGGAUCCUGUUACAGGACGGGCCCUCGCCCGGGACCAGCAAUGCAGCAGUAGCAGCAUCAGGCAGCGGUGGUGGCAGUUUAAGGAAUGUAGGUGAGAGUUCGGGCGCUGGUGCUUGUGCUGCGGGUGGUGAGACGCCGGAGCUGGAUGCUCUCGGUAGCUUGCUCAGCGGUGGCAGUGAGAGCAGCAAUGCGAGCAGCAAUGGAGUGGAUGAGAUGAGCGGUGACAAGGAGGAGGCAGGGAGGCGAUGUGCUAGGGUGGUGGCAGGGGUGGUGAGGGAGAUGUGGAGGGCGAGGGGGGAGUGGCAGCAGCUGGCACAGGUGACUGAGGCACUGGCGGUCCUGGUGGACAGGCAUCCACAUUUGAGUGCCCGAUUGGAGCAAGGGGCGCUCUCAACCAUGUACAUAGAGGCCAUGCUGCUGAGCGGCUCUAACCUACCGCCGCCUCUGCUGCUCGCCACCCUGCACCUGCUGGCCCGCCUGCUCUCCCACCUGCCCCCUAAGCCCCCCGUCCCUCCGCGCAUGGGAGGGCGGCUGCAGUCACCGCCACAGCAGGCAACAGCGUGGGAACGCUUAGCACAGCAGGUGCUGAUUGUGGUUGAGCCACUGGUGGAAUCUACUGCUGUCAGCAGCACUGUGAACGCUGCGCCUCCCACUCCCUCACAACAAGAGCAGCCGCAACACCAGCAGCAGCAGCAGCAGCACUAUAGCCAGGCAUACAGGCAGGCGCAAGUGCAUUGUGGUGAUGGUGGUGCAGGGAGCGAGCAGGAGGAGCGUGGCGAGAGGGAGCAGGUGCUGGUGGGGGCGUUGAGCGUGAUCAACGCGCUGCUAUGGCACGCAACAACACUCUACACAUCCAGUGGCGCUGAACCAUGCAGCCAGCCCAACGGCGGAGCAAGAUCAGGCGGCAGUCGUACAGUGGGCGAUGCGCGGCUGAUGGCAGUGGUGGAGGCAAACGAGGACGUGGUGAACGCGGCUGGCACCAUCAUGAUGAGCUCGGCUCUUGUGGCCUUCACAGAGGGGUGUGUGCGGGCUGCUGCAUGUGGCAUCUGUGGAACCACUGGUGAUCUCGAGGACACGCCAGCAGUGGCUGGUGGGGGGACGCAAGGAGGGGGAUGUGGUGUGGGUGUGGUGCAGGCGCGAGGGAGUGGGGGAGUGUGGCAAGGCUACUCCUGCCGUGUGCUGCUCUCCUGUCUCACCUUCUUCAACCUGCGUGUCUCAUGGUACGUGCGCCCCUACCCCCUCCACCCUACCACUAACGAUGCAUGCACCACUCUCACAGCCGGCACUCACAAUCAUGCCCUCCCUGCUGCGUGCCCCAACUGCCUGUCCUCCCUUCACAGGGUGCAUGCACUCGAGGCUGCAUCCAUUCUCCCCUCGGGCAUUCCACCUCUCAAUCUCUCGCUGCGGUUCUCUCCUCCAUCACAGCAACCAGCAGCGGCACCAGCAACCCUAUCAGCAGCAGCAGAUGAAAGCGCCACUAUUCCUGCCGCAGGCUGUGCCAGUCAGGGCGACCCAGCAGCCCCCAUGCGGCAGGCGCAGCAGCAGGAGCGCCCCAGCGCGCUGAGCUUGGCCUCCGCUUGCGACCUCGCUGCCAUUCUGCUCGCAGCCGCUGCCGGCCAGCUGCCUGCCACCGUGCCCGCACACAGCAGAGAGCAGCGGGUGGGAGGAGCAGCGGGACCAGGCUGUCCCCCUGGGAACAGCAGUGGUUGCGGCAAGGCCGAUGGGGAUGAGAGGAAGGGAACGGAGAGCAGGUCAUGGGCAGGGAGGGCGGGUGGCAGAUGCGGGCAUGCGAGCAUGCAAGACUCCCUUGUGGCUGCUGAUCUUGCCUCGUGUGCCCUGCUCUCCUGCCUCUCCUCUCUCGCCCUCCCUGCACAUGCAUCCUCAGUACAGCCCCCUGCAGUAACAUUGGACCAAGGUGGUUCAGGUACCUUUGCCUGGCCUGCCGUACCACCCCUGCUGCCUGCACCUGGGAGCACCCCAGGAGAAAGCAACCUACGCCUGUCACAGCAGGAGCAGCAGGAGCGUCAGAACGAUGUACCAUCUUCUCAGCCCUCUCCCCAGACCCCUUCCUCUCCUGUUCCACCUGCUGCUCUUCCCUCUCUCUCUCCCACUGUCUUCUGGCCGAUCGCUGCUGCGCUGCAGCAUGCAGCCUCGUGCCCACACCCCCCUGUGCGGCGCAACACGUGCCUCGCCCUCUCCUUGCUGCUGCGCUGCUUUGAUCCAGCCUCUGUCGCUCUCCCCCUGGCAGCCAGCCCCUGGACUCGCCUGCUGCUAGACGAUGCCCUUGCCUCUAUCACUGCCGCCGCUGCUGCCACUGCUGCUGGACCUUCUUCUGCUGCUGUCACUGCUGUUGCACCAGAUGCAGCAGCGGUGCGAGCAGGUGAGGGCAGGCCUGCUGGGGAAGCAGUGCAAGCCCAGUCCACCUCGUGCCCCUCGCCCGCCCUGCUGGACCUCCUGCUCUCACACAGCCUAGAAGCCCUCCACAUCGCUGCCUCCUGCUUUCACCUCGCCCCACCCACCGCCCCUCCUCGAUGGCUCUCUCAAAUCUUCCAACCUGCCCGGGUCUCUGCUCUCCUGGGCUCGCUCUGGCGAACCCGCCAGCUGUCUCUGCCCGCCAUCGCCACGUGUCACAGGCUCAUUGGUGCGGGCCUGCUACCUCGCUCUGUUCUGCCCCAGCUUCUGGACCUCGUUCAGCAGUGCGCUGCGUUCCUUGCCCUGCACGCCAAGCUGCCUCGCUGCACGCAGUAG